GCCAGCAUGUUCCUGAACAAGUGCGAGGGUGAGCUGGGUGAGCUGCGCAAGGCGGGCGACGGCGAGGCCACGCCACCAGCCACUGCCGAGGACGAGCAGCCCAAAAAGAAGCACCGCAGGAACCGCACCACCUUCACCACGUACCAGCUGCAUGAGCUCGAGCGCGCCUUUGAGAAGUCCCACUACCCUGAUGUCUACAGCCGCGAGGAGCUCGCCAUGAAGGUCAACCUGCCCGAGGUCCGCGUGCAGGUCUGGUUCCAGAACAGGAGAGCCAAGUGGCGGCGGCAGGAGAAGAUGGAGGCAACUUCCAUGAAGCUCCAUGACACCCCCGUGCUCUCUUUCAACCGACCGCCCAUGACGGCCAACGUGGGCCCCAUGAGCAACUCGCUGCCGCUGGACCCGUGGCUCACAUCGCCCAUCGCCGGGGCCACCUCGGUACACAGCAUUCCUGGGUUUAUGGGUGCCCCGCAGGCACUGCAGCCACCCUAUGGCCCCCACUCCUUCCUCAACGCCCCACCAGGCAUGGCGCAGGGCAUGGCACCCGUGGCCCCCACCGCCUACCAGUGCGGCCCCCCCUUUGUGGACAAGUACCCGCUGGAGGAUGUCGACCAGCGCAGCUCCAGCAUCGCCGCGCUGCGCAUGAAAGCCAAGGAGCACAUUCAGACCAUUGACAAAACCUGGCAGCCCAUUUGAUGAACGUUCCCUUC